AUGUUCACGGACUCGUGGGCCCACGAGGCAGACAUUCAGGAGGCCAACACUGCGCGCGUGCAGAUUGAGCCCACAAAAAGUAUGAGUCUUGCGAAUCGCCCACGGUUAAUGACCAGAGAUGUAAACGGAAAUUUCGAGAUGGGCAAACGUGACCGCCAUGGAAAGAUGGAAGGUGACAAAGUGGACCCAGCUGAAGUAUCCCUGCUCAAUAAAAUGAUCCGCCGCGCUCUAGUGAGGAGCAGAAAUGAAGUGGAGGUGUUACAGCGGGACCCCACAUCCCCGCUUUUCUCUGUCAAGACCUUCGAGGAGUUGCGCCUGAAACCGGAGCUGUUGAUGGGUGUCUAUGGCAUGGGCUUUAACAGGCCUUCUAUGAUUCAGGAGAAAGCUCUUCCAAUGAUGCUGGCACAGCCACCUCAGAAUUUAAUUGCCCAGUCACAGUCAGGCACAGGCAAAACUGCUGCCUUUUCUCUGGCCAUGCUCAGCCAUGUGAACUCUGCCAAUAAGUGGACUCAGGCUCUUUGUAUCGCGCCAACAUACGAACUUGCCCUGCAGAUUGGACAAGUGAUGGAGCAGAUGGGCAAACAUUGCCCUGAAGUCAAACUAGCAUACGCCAUUAGAGGCAACAAAAUGGAGCGAGGGAAGCAGUUGCAAGAGCAGAUUGUGGUUGGAACACCUGGCACCAUCCUGGAUUGGUGCACCAAGUUUAAGAUGAUUGAUCCCAAAAAGAUCACCAUGUUUGUGCUGGAUGAGGCUGACGUAAUGAUUUCCACUCAAGGCCAUCGUGACCAGAGCAUCCGCAUUCACAGGCAGCUGUCAAAAGACUGUCAGAUGCUCUUCCUCUCUGCGACCUUUGAGGAGGCGGUGUGGAAGUUUGCAGAGUUGAUUGUUCCCGAGGCCAACGUCAUCCGCCUGCGCCGAGAGGAGGAGACUCUGGACACCAUCAAGCAGUUUUACGUCUUCUGCAGGAGCAAGGAGGAUAAGUUCGCCUUUCUGUGCGACCUUUAUGGGAGUAUGACUGUGGCACAGGCCAUGAUCUUUUGCCAUACUCGAAAGAUUGCGACUUGGCUGGCUGUUAACCUGACCAAGAAAGGUCACAGCGUAGCAUUGCUGAGUGGUGAAUUAACUGUGAUGCAGCGAGCCAGUGUCAUUGAACGCUUUCGAGAUGGCAAGGAGAAAGUUCUUGUCACAACAAAUGUUUGUUCAAGGGGCAUUGAUGUGGUACAGGUUUCUCUGGUGGUCAACUUUGACCUCCCCGUGGACAUGGACGGCAAUGCCGAUCACGAGACGUACCUUCACCGGAUUGGCCGAACGGGACGUUUUGGGAAGCGAGGGUUCGCCAUCAACAUGGUGGACAGCGAGUACGGAAUGGAUGUCAUCCGACAAAUUGAGAUGCACUUCGAGAGGAAGAUCCCAAAAUUGGAUGCGGAAAAUGGCGACGAACUUGAGAAACAUCUCAAUUAA